CAUCUUGCUCGACUUGGAUUUCCCUGGCGGAAACAACAUCGAUCGAGUUGAAUUUGAGCAACACCGUUCGAAUAUCGUGACAUAUCACUCUCGUUGCCAGAUAGAAAUAAGAAGCAAUGGUUUCUCUGUCGAUCUCCACCCUCAGCGCGCUCGUCCUGGCUCUGGUAGUCAAGGAUACGGCCGCUCAUAUCGUCCUUUGGCACGACGCCAUGUUCGGCUGGGACCAGUACAAUAUCAACCAGAACGACGCGGUCACCCCGUUGGCGGAUAUGACGUUUGACGAAUGGUGGUUCCACGGGUACAAGGAUAAGAAGCCUGCCGAGGGGAAGUUCAUCGAGUUGCCCGUCGGAGGGGUCUUCAAGGGGGAGGUGGCCUGUAACAAGGCGCAGACGACCUGGAAUCCCGAGAUCACCGAUGAAUCCCAGUUGGACGAGUUUGCUUGUCAUGACGUCGGGCCGAUGCAUACGACCGAUGCCAAGGGGAGCGAGAACCCUACGAACGUUAAAGGCUGCGGACUAGCCAUCGCCUACACUUCGGACGAGAACACCGUCAAACCCUCCGAUUUUACCGUCUUUAGCGUGGACCACGCCUGUCCAUGGAAACGACGGGUGGAUUUCCCGGUCCCUGCGGAUCUGCCCGCUUGUCCCGAGGGAGGAUGUCUUUGUUCUUGGGGAUGGGUCCAUUCGCCAGAGAGCGGAUCUGAGCAGAUGUACCAUACCGUCUACCGAUGCAAAGUCACCGGAGCUACCGAGACCCGCGCUCUUCCGGCUCCUUUGACUGCCAACAAGUGCGACUACCCGUCCGACACCGCCAACUGCACCGUCGGUGGGAAACAGCCUCAUUAUUGGUUGCAGAAGGAGGGCAACAACAACUUUCAAGAUUACUACGAUCCUCCUUACUACAACGAGAAGUACGGUUUCAUGCAAGGAGCCCAGACGGACUUGUUUGCCGGUAUCGCUCCUUCUCGUCCGACCGUCGUGGCCGAGAGUUCUGUCGUCCCGACAAGCACUGUGGCGACGGUUGUCAGCUCGAGCGAGGUCCCUAGCGCCCAGCCGACUUUGGUUGUCGAGAGCAGCACCACGGAUGUUGCUUCGUCCGCAUCGACUUCGGCAAGUGUCGUAUUGUCAACCUCGUCGACGUCGUCGUCAUCCAUCGCCAAUUCUUCCUCGGGCGCCGCUCCGACGUCGGUAGUGUCGUCUUCGUCUUCGGCUCAGGCUUCUACCUCGGCUUCUAGCUCGUCGGCACCUGCUACUACAACCAAGUCGACGGGCAAGACCUGCAAGCGAACUCUACACAACAACGUAGUCCGUCAAGCUCGACGACACACGCGGGCAGCAAGGGUGGCAGCUACGGUAGAGAGCGUUCGUCAGAGAGACGUCCUGCUCGACCGACAGAGGUUGUUGGCGGAAGGGCUGGCUAUCAUGGCCAGGAGCAAGCUCGUCUAGAGUUCAAGUAAGGGGUUCGACAGGUUCUUUUGAGGGUACUUUGUAGCUGGAUUACAAACUCGAUAUAUAAUAAAGGUGGGAUACGGUACAAAUCAUUCCGGGUUUCAUCUGUGCCCGCGUCUCAAGUGUUUACCGCGUUUCAUCGCGCG